AUGACUGAUGCUGAUUCCGGAGAGAUAGGCACUGACACAUUAUCAGUUUCUGGAGAGUCUUCAGCUUCAAGGGUUUCAUCAGCAUCUAAUGAGUUAUCUGCUGAUGUGGCUAACGAAUAUCCUCAUACUUUAUCGUUCAAUAUCUCUAGCAACAUCAGAUCCACAAGCAGGAUUCCAAUCCUCUUUCCCCGUGAUUAUGAAGUUUGGGCGUUGCACUUUGAAGACUAUGUUCUUGGUAUUGAAGAACAUGGAUCAACUAUUUGGCAUGCGAUGACUCAAGAGACUUUUUCGCACAUUGCGAUCAGGAAGGUUAUAAAGACUCAGGCUGAUUACAACGCUCUUCUUGUUGAACACACCAAUGUUCCUCAAGAUGAAAAACAAAAGUUGAUGAGCAACAUCAAGGCGAUGAGACUUAUACGCUUUGCUCUUCCACCAUAUAACUUUCGUCUCAAACAUGAUAAGAAGCUUGAUCAAACGUUCGAUCGCUUCAACUACUUACUAAGUAGAAUGCUCAGAUACAAUCUAGAGCGAACGGUCAUUAAACAAAAAGUGCCGUUUAUGAAUGGCCUUAGGUCAGAAUGGAAAGCGAUUGUGUCCACUGUAAAUGCACAUGAACAAUUCAAGAGUUAUUCUUUGGCGAAGCUUGUGGGAAUUCUGAGAUCCCAUGAGGAUGAGGUUCUGAAGGAUGUGAAGAUUGUUGCUGGCAUGGGUUCCCUAGCAUUGGUAGCGAAGAGAAAGAAGGCGACUGAAGAAGAUUUAGAAUUUGAUCUCUCUGACAGUGAAAUCUCCUCUAAAGACAAGGCACUAUUAGUCUCCAACCCUACAAGUUCUACAAGAAGAAUUUCUCUUGUUUUCGGAAUAAACAUAAGCAGGGUGGAAAUUCCAGUUCUAAAAAGGCCAGAGAUGAUGGUUUCAAGAACUCUUAAGCUGAUGAAGAGAAAAAGGAGAAAAAGGUUCUUGGUGAUUCUUGCUAUGAAUGCAAUUAUUGUCAUGGACGAAAGUGCCGAAUUUGGACGAGUUAAAGUUUGGUCAAUCAAAUUGGAAGAUGAUGAGAGAGGUUACGCAAUUGACGGCGGUCAAAAUUCCAAAAGUUUCUUCACAGCAAAGACUGUUUCUAAGCAGGUGUCAGAUUGCGAGAGGGUCAUUGAUAAGUUGCAUCAUGAUUGUGAAAUAGGAAAAGGUUUGCACAAUAUGAUUUUGCCCUUUAUUGAAUUGAAAGAGGAUGAAAUCGACACAGAUUGUUAUGAGUGCGAAUCCAUCGUUUCUUCUGAUGAAGUUUCAGAUUCAUAUAAAAUUGGACUUGAGAAAAUAGAAGAACACAUUAAGUCCAAAGAACACAAGAAUAUGGUGAAACAAAUAAAACACUUUAAUGAUGAAAACAUUUCUGAAUUUGAUGAAAGUGAUAUGAGUGAAAUUUCUGUGGGGGAUGAAAUAGAUUUUUUAAAUGAAAAAGACACAGUUUAUCUAAAAGUACAAAUAGUUCCAAAUCAAGUAUUUGUGAAAACUGGACUGAAUAAAAAGGAUACUUCAGAACUAACGUCCCUUGUUAAUGAUGAUAAUGCUGAUGAUUGUGAUGAAUUCUUCUGGUCAGAACCCAUAGACAAUGCAGACGAAACAAAAGGUCUUUUUGAAAUGACCUCAUGGAAAACGAAAGGUAAAUACGUUUCAGAACCACUGAAUCGUGGCAAAAGUAAAGUUGUUUCGGAACUUGAGAUUUCUCUUGAGGAAUACGAAGCUAACUCGAAAAAGGAGGAAAAGGAAUUGGCGAAAAGGAUUGCUAAGAAAACCAAAGAAUUUAUUCAACAAAAAUCUAAUAUAUUUGAAAUUAGUCUUGGUGACGAUAAAUCGGAGGUUAUGUGUGACGAACAGGAGGAUUCAGAAUGGUAUAUUGACAUCGGUUGUUCAUGUCACAUGACUGGGAGGAGAGAAGAAUUAAAAGAAUAUAGAUCGUUGAAGGAUGGCGAUAGAGUAAAAUUUGGAAAUAACGCCGUAGAGGAAAUUAAAAGCUGCGGGAUGAUUACGAAUGGAGAAUUCUCUAUUCAGAAGGUAGCUUAUGUAGAAGGACUACAAUACGACCUAAUAAGUGUUUAUCGAUUGGUUUUAGGUACAGGGCUAAAGGUGUCGUUUGAUGAUAAGGGUUCAGAAAUUGUUAAAAAGAAAUCCAAGCUAUAUGAAAAGGUUUCAGAAGCAGAUUGUCAAUCUGAGGAGAUCUUUCCUUCAAAGAAUCCUAUGACUAUUCCUCUCUCAAACCUGUAUGAGAAAUUUCUGAAUCUGUUUGAUGAGCCUGACAAAUCCACCUCUUCUGAAUCAAAGGUAAAGGACAAUCAAGGGGAUGAGUUAAAUAAAAUUGUCAAUGAAGUUGCUAAAAACAUCGAAACCUCUCAGGAGACACCAAUUCUGAAAGCUUCUGAUCAACAAUCUCAACCAGCAACUUCUGAUGCUCAUUCCAGGAGGAGAGCUCCUAUUCCACCUCAAAUCUUAAUGCUCCAAACCAGAGGGAGAAUCCAAUUCUAA